AUGAGCUCAGCUCUUCCACAUUUCUCCCUUUGUGUGACCAGUGACCCAGAAUCGAUGACCCGUGGAAUAUAUGGCGCGGGAGUUGCACUCAACCCCAGAGCUGAACGCGCUUUGGUGGAUUGGAUCCCGGUCCGGUUAUCUAGUCCGAUCAAGCUCAAUGCCUGUCGGCAUAAAAAGCGGCGCCUGUUUGUAGUAUCGGCUUAUGCGGAGAAGGAUACUUUCUAUCGAGAGCUAUCUGGACUCACUCGUCAAGCAAGGUGCACUGACAUUGUGAUCCUUCUAGGCGAUCUGGAUUCUCAAGUAGGUCGUCUGAGCUCUUUGGACUCACAUUUGGGCGGUCGAUUUGGAGUCGAUGUUCGCCGCACGGACAACGGAGAUCGACUGUUGCAGUUGUGUGCCGAUCUUGAACUGUUUCUGGCAAGUACGAACUUUCAACAUAAAUAUUCGCACCGCGUAACCUGGUGGCCACCAACUGCAAAUCAACCAUGGACCCAGUUAGACCACGUGGCCAUCAGCCACCAGUGGAGAACCACAGUUCAAGACUGCCGUUCCUUCUGGGCACACCACUUGAUUCCGAUCAGGCCAUGGUACCGUGGAUUUUUGGGUACGGCAAAAGCCUUUGUGGCGCCAUCGAUGACGAAUCUGGUACUGCAACCAACAUGCGAGACUAGUCCAGGAUCAGAUCCAUCUUCUGGGGAUGUGUUGCCCUCCCAAUCAAAGUCUGCCAACCGCGAUGAGGAAGAGGAUGAAGACAUGGCAACCGAUCCUAUCAAUCCUGAUUUUGUAGCCGCUGAGAAGCUCCAUCAGGGCACCAGUUACGUACCUAGUUUCAUCACGUCCCUUGUCGGACGAUUGCCACCACGUUGGAUGAACUGGACCGUGCGGUUCUUUACCACCAUCUUCCUCAUAAGCACCUUCAGUGCUCUGGUUUACUUGGGACCUUUGGCCUUACAACCAACAUGCGAGACUAGUCCAGGAUCAGAUCCAUCUUCUGGGGAUGUGUUGCCCUCCCAAUCAAAGUCUGCCAACCGCGAUGAGGAAGAGGAUGAAGACAUGGCAACCGAUCCUAUCAAUCCUGAUUUUGUAGCCGCUGAGAAGCUCCAUCAGGGCACCAGUUACGUACCUAGUUUCAUCACGUCCCUUGUCGGACGAUUGCCACCACGUUGGAUGAACUGGAGCGGUUGGUUCUUUACCACCAUCUUCCUCAUAAGCACCUUCAGUGCUCUGGUUUACUUGGGACCUUUGGCCUUAGUUUGUUUGGUGCAUCGACCGGACUUGGGACCUUUGGCCUUAGUUUGUUUGGUGAGUACAUCGACCGGGCACGAGCCGCAUAGGGUUCGGAGAAAUCGUCUGGCAACCGAGGGAUCGGGAGAUCCGGAUAUUAGACGAAUUUACCAUAAUAGUCUUCUAGAGUCUUCCAAAUGCUCUGCCAUCAGAUGUAGAUUCAUUCUGAGACGAGAUUGCCACCUCUCUGCACUGUGCUGGGAGUUUUGCCUGUGGCGCGGCGUUACCAGGCUCACUCAAGCACUGGAUAUCAGACCGAACGGUGGCACCGCUUUAAUCUCGGAGAAAUAUCCUAGCCGGUCCCGACAAAUUGUCAGACCAGGUGAAAGUGAGCUUAGGAGCCGACCAUAUGGUCUGGUGGACACAGAAAGCCAGGGAAAUGGAUGA